AUGUCCAGACCCUCACGUCGCUCCACCUCUCCUUCCGACCCCACCCCCUCCACAUCAUACCGCAUCGAGCGAUUCGACUCGACCUCAAUCCCAGCCUCAGACCUUAUGGUCACCUCUCGUUCAAAACGUUCCACCGCCGGCAACCGACUCAAACAACUUCUCGACCAAGAACUUGAAAGAGACGAAAUCUUCACCGAAGUCGAGAACGACAUCGACUUUGAAGCGAACGAGAACGAAGAUGGAGUUGACAUUGUCGAUUCCGAUUUCGACCGCGAUUCUGAUGAUGAUGCUCGGGCAGCAGUAGAGGAUGAGAGUGAGGGGGAGAGGGAGAUUGAAGCGCAAGAGAAAGUUGACAAGUCUAAACGUAGAGCUGCGGCUAGAGCUGCUGGUGGGAUCAUCAAGCGUCCUGCUGCAGCUGCAGCUGCAAUACGCAAACCACCAGCACCACCGGGAGCAGGGGAAGGCGGCAGGGAAGCGAAAAGAAGACGGAUAAGUUUCGCACCUGACACACGCUCCUCUUCUACCUCUUCAAGUGUGCUGGAAGUAGGCAGCAGAAGGAGAACUUCAGCUCGCUCCGCAACAGUGCAGAGCAAACUUCAAGUAGAAUCCAGGCUGGAAGAAGCGGAACAGAGACGGGCGGCGCAACCGGUGAAAGUGGUACAGAAGAAAAAGGCUAGUUUGACACAGGAUGCGUUAAUCGCAGAAGCGUUGGAGGUGGAAGAGGAGAACAGGGAAAGCUUGAGGAGGUUUUUGGAGCAAGAGGAGGAGAGGAGGGCGAAGCAGAGACAGAGGAAGGAGCGCAUUCAAGGGCCGUUUGUGAGAUGGGUUAGUGCCGCGAUGUGGGUGCGAGUCGUUCAGGAGGAGGGGAACAAGGAGGGAGAGAAUCAGGUGGAUGCAGCUUCGACUGAUCCAAAUGCUGGGCUGCAGAGGAAGGAGGCGGUGCAGGAUGGCAAGGCGGACCGGAGAGAGGAAAUGGCAUCUGGUGCCCGGCUGCAGUCUCAGCAAGGGAGCGCGGAGGUCAAGCAAGCUGUGGCUGGCGAUAGUGACGCUACGAUGCAAGAGCCUGGGAAAGAGGUAACGUCCGAACAAGCAUCAGCGUCGACAUCAGCCCCACAAAACGAAACUGCAACUGAUGCCACUUGCGCACCCCAAGCCGCGUCCACUUGCUCGCUAACACUGGACCCAGUGCUAGCAGUCCGAAAAGAAGCUGCCUCCAUCCGCUCCUCCACCGGCUGCAAACCGAUUCGGUGCAAGCCUACUUUAAACGCGCCUCAAAGGGAACUGCAAGCGCGAACACUACUCACCCUCGAACGCCGGCCUGGCGACUUUUCCUGGCUGGACGAAUAUGCUUCUAUCUUUGGCUCUCACGUUGAUUGGUCCUGCUACCCCUACGUGCCCUCUCGCAACCGUCCGGUGAAACCACGACAGAGCAUCUGUCCGAUUACUGGACUGCCAGCAAUAUACAAAGAUCCGCGAACGGGAAUUCCAUAUGCUAACGCGCUUGCGUAUAAAGUAAUAACGAGGGUCUUGGAGGGCGCGUUUGUUUGGUCUGGCGGACACUACUCCUCUCCGCGUGGAGAGGGUAGAGAGGGAGGUGGGAGGGGGAAACGCAGGGAGAAGGACGGUGGAAAAGGGGGUUUGGUGGGGAGAGGUGCUGCUCCGCCUCAGAUGGGAAUCUGGCUUGACGAUGAAGAGGAGAAAGGUCCUGGUGAGGUUUGGCUUAGUGCUAGAGAGGUCGCUUCCACUAAAAAGCCCCUACAGACCUCACGAGAACGGGAGAAAGAAAGUGUGGAGGAGACAAGAGGAAAGGAGGCGAAAGCAAAGCAAACCGAGAAAGUUACUUCAAAAGAAACCAGAAAACCAGGGUUCGACGUCAUCGUAACCAACGCAGUCGCUCCAGGUGAUGAAAAGGCACUGUUGGCAGAAGCAUUGAGCUUGCCCCCUGGUUCUACCAGGUCUGGUCGUAGAGUUGCUCGACCUGCCUAG